AGACUGCGGAAAAUUAUGUUAAACGCCGGGUCGCAGUCGUAGCUGUACGUGGACGCGGUUUUUCGAAUUUUAGUUUACGCACAGUAAAUUAGUAUAAGAUCGUUUAAAUAAAUUUAAGAGACAAUGCCAAAUAUAGUUAACGAAAUUAAAUUAGACUUUAAAGAUGUUAUGCUUCGCCCAAAGAGGUCUACGUUAAUGAGUAGAAAUGAUGUGGACUUAUAUAGAAAAAUUACCUUUAGAAAUUCGAAACAAACCUACCAUGGAAUACCAAUCAUGGCGUCUAAUAUGGAUACAGUGGGCACCUUCGAGAUAGCGAAAGCUUUAUCCAAGCACGGUCUAUUUACAACACUGCACAAAUAUUACGGUGUCGAAGAAUGGAAGAAAUUUGCGGAGGAAAAUCCCGAUUGUUUAUCAAACAUCGCCGUAAGUGCCGGUAUGAGUAACAGCGACUACGAUAGGCUCUCUCAAAUUCUGAAUGCGGUUCCCGGGAUCGCAUUUAUUUGCUUGGAUGUCGCAAAUGGGUAUUCACAAGGAUUUGUGGAGUUUGUGAGGAAAGUUCGAGCUGCGUUUCCCACGCACACUAUAAUGGCAGGAAAUGUAGUAACUGGUGAGAUGGUAGAAGAACUAAUUUUGUCCGGAGCCGAUAUAAUCAAAGUGGGAAUUGGACCUGGCUCUGUCUGCACUACCAGAAUGAAAACUGGUGUCGGUUAUCCUCAAUUAUCUGCCGUUAUUGAAUGUGCUGACGCCGCUCACGGUUUGCAGGGACACAUAAUAUCCGACGGAGGCUGUACAUGUGGAGGUGAUAUUGCGAAGGCGUUUGGUGCCGGUGCCGAUUUUGUAAUGGCGGGUGGAAUGUUUGCCGGUCAUGACCAAUGCGAUGGGGAAAUUAUAGAAAAGAACGGCAAAAAAUACAAACUUUUCUAUGGCAUGUCUUCAAGUGUUGCUAUGGAGAAACAUUCUGGUGGCGUAGCAGAUUACAGAGCGUCGGAAGGAAAGACUGUGGAGGUUCCUUAUAAAGGCAAUGUAGAUGCUACAGUAUUAGACAUAUUAGGUGGACUACGUAGUGCUUGUACAUACACCGGCGCAGCAAAAUUGAAGGAACUACCUCGACGUGCAACUUUUAUACGUUGCACACAACAGCUUAAUCCUAUGUACAACUAGCUUAUAAUUGAGACUGCCAAAAAUUUCACAUUAUUUGUGUAAAGUAGCAAAUUGUUUUACCAAUUGUGGUUCUGUAAACUAUUAUUAUUAAACUGUAACGUAGUGGGAGUGUGCACUAUGAUUGAGCACAGUUUAGAAACAAGAGUGGAGAGCUAUGGCUGUGUAAAAUGUUAAAAGUAGCCUAAUGAAUUGUUAAAACUCAUUUAAAUCAUGCCUAAGUAAAAAUUUGUUUGAUAUUGUG